AUGGCUGCAAGUCGCGUGGCAAUCAUCACUGGCGCUUCAUCGGGAAUCGGCAAAGCGACCGCGCUUCUCUUUGCGACAAAACAAUUCCGAUUGACGUUAACGGGAAGAAAUGAGAGCGCUCUCAAGGACCUCGCUUCGGAAUGCAUCAAGAAGGGGAUUGCUGCGGAAAAUGUCACUUACGCUGUGACGGAUCUCUCGGCGGACACCGCUCCCAAAAAAAUCGUCUCGCACACUUUGGAGAAAUUCGGACAAAUUGAUACGCUGAUCAAUUCGGCUGGAAUCUUGACCACGGGAAGUAUCCUGGAUAGCAAUAUUGAUGUAUAUGAUCGGGUGAUGGACUGCAAUGUGAGGAGCUUGGUUCGUCUCACUCGAGAAGCCCUUCCACACAUCAUCAAAACCAAGGGAACCGUUGUGAAUGUGAGCAGCAUCAAUGGGCCUUGUCCAUUCCCGAAUGUCACCUACUAUUGCAUGUCAAAAUCAGCAGUUGAUCAAUUCACGAAAUGCUUGGCUCUAGAGAUGGCUCCACACGGUGUUCGAGUGAAUGCAGUUUGCCCGGGUGUCACCGUGACCGAAUUGCAUCGCCGAGCCGGUCAAGAUGAUGAAACCUAUAAAACGUUCCUGGAACGCUCAAAAACAACUCAUGCUCUUGGUCGACCAGGAGAGGCUUCAGAAGUGGCCAAGGCAAUCUACUUCCUAGCCUCCGAGGACAGUUCAUUCACAACGGGCGAUCUUUUGAGAGUUGAUGGUGGACGAGGAAUCAUGCAUCCUAGA